GCUAUGGAUCUGACCAGCAGCUCCGGCGGGGCGGGUGAUCCCCGUCAGAUCGAGGAGACCAAGCCUCUGCUGGGCGGCGAGAUGUCCGCGGUGGAGGGCGGUAAGCUGGGCGCCGUGCCCUGCCGGAGGGCCCUGCUGCUCUGCAACGGGAUGAGGUAUAAACUGCUCCAGGAAGGGGACAUUCAGGUGUGUGUCAUCCGGCACCCUAGGACAUUCCUCAGCAAGAUCCUCACCUCCAAAUUUCUGAGGCGGUGGGAGCCUCACCACUUGACCCUGGCGGAUAACAGCCUGGCAUCGGCUACGCCUACUGGGUACAUGGAAAACUCUGUUUCCUACAGUGCUAUUGAAGAUGUUCAGUUGUUGUCCUGGGAGAAUGCCCCAAAGUACUGUUUACAGCUCACAAUUCCUGGGGGCACAGUCUUACUGCAGGCUGCAAACAGCUACCUGAGAGACCAGUGGUUUCAUUCUCUGCAGUGGAAGAAAAAAAUCUACAAGUAUAAGAAAGUCCUGAGCAAUCCAAGCCGCUGGGAAGUCGUCUUGAAGGAGAUCCGGACUCUGGUAGACAUGGCCUUGACAUCUCCACUGCAGGAUGACUCCAUACACCAGGCUCCACUGGAGAUAGUCUCCAAAUUGCUUUCUGAGAACACCAACUUGACCACUCAAGAGCAUGAAAACAUUAUUGUGGCAAUUGCUCCUUUGCUGGAAAACAAUCAUCCCCCACCUGACCUCUGUGAAUUUUUCUGCAAGCAUUGCAGAGAACGCCCCCGGUCCAUGGUGGUCAUAGAGGUGUUCACACCGGUGGUACAGAGAAUCCUCAAACACAACAUGGAUUUUGGGAAGUGCCCACGGCUGAGGCUCUUUACUCAGGAGUAUAUUCUUGCCUUGAAUGAGCUGAAUGCUGGCAUGGAAGUGGUAAAGAAGUUUAUUCACAGCAUGCAUGGCCCCACAGGGCAGUGCCCCCACCCCCGGGUCCUGCCCAACCUGGUUGCUGUCUGCCUUGCUGCCAUCUACUCCUGUUACGAAGAGUUCAUCAACAGCCGCGACAAUUCUCCAAGCCUGAAAGAAAUCCGCAAUGGCUGUCAGCAGCAAUGUGACCGGAAAACCAACUUACCACUGCGCCUUCUCCACACAAGCCCCGACCUCGUCUGUCAGGAGGCGACACUGUCCGAGUCCCGCCUCAAGUCGGUCAUUGUCACUUCCAAUGAGAUCCACGUGGAGGUAGAGCGUAACAACACUGCCAACCAGAAGAUGACGGCCAACGCUGGCAAUGACAGUGAGCCCAACCUCAUUGACUGCCUCAUGGUCAGCCCCACCUGCAGCACCAUGAGCAUCGAGCUGAGCGCUCAGGCUGACCGCAUCCUGGGCUGCUACGUGGAGAUCCUCAAGAUACUGUCAGACUAUGAUGACUGGAGACCAGCUCUGGCCAGCUUGCUUCAACCUAUUCCAUUCCCCAAAGAAGCUCUUGCGCAUGAGAAAUUUACCAAGGAACUGAAGUAUGUGAUUCAGAGAUUUGCUGAAGACCCACGCCAAGAGGUCCACUCCUGUUUGCUGAGUGUGAGGACUGGCAAAGAUGGCUGGUUUCAGCUCUACAGUCCUGGUGGUGUGGCUUGUGAUGACGAUGGAGAACUUUUUGCCAGCAUGGUGCAUAUACUCAUGGGGUCCUGUUAUAAGACGAAAAAGUUUCUGCUUUCGCUGGCUGAGAACAAGCUGGGACCAUGCAUGCUCCUGGCCCUGAGGGGCAAUCAGACCAUGGUGGAGAUUCUCUGUCUAAUGCUGGAAUACAACAUCAUAGACAACAAUGACACCCAGCUGCAGAUCAUCUCCACCCUUGAAAGUACUGAUGUGGGAAAGAAAAUGUACGAGCAGCUCUGUGACAGGCAGAGGGAGCUAAAGGAGCUGCAAAGAAAAGGGGGCCCCACCAGGUUAACUCUGCCUUCUAAGUCCACAGAUGCAGACCUGGCUCGCUUGUUGAGCUCUGGCUCCUUUGGAAACCUGGAGAACCUCAGCUUGGCCUUCACCAACGUGACGAGUGCCUGUGCCGAGCACCUCAUCAAACUGCCUUCUCUCAAGCAGCUUAACCUGUGGUCCACUCAGUUUGGAGAUGCUGGUCUGCGGCUCCUUUCAGAACACCUCACCAUGUUGCAAGUGCUGAACCUAUGUGAAACGCCUGUCACCGAUGCUGGCCUGUUGGCCUUGAGCUCAAUGAAGAGCCUCUGCAGUUUAAACAUGAAUAGCACCAAACUCUCAGCGGACACCUAUGAAGACCUGAAGGCCAAGCUGCCCAAUCUGAAAGAGGUCGACGUCCGCUACACUGAAGCCUGGUGAAUUCUCUCUCGCUCUCUUUAAGUUGUGACAAGAAGGAAAAAUUUGAAAACAAACAACUUUUGACUAAUAGCUGUAGAGCAGCCCGUUGUGGGGUCUUGGAUCUCACCACCCUGGCUGUGAGAUAGAUGGGGAAGACUUUCUUGGGGCAGGGGCAGGGAGGGGGGCGGGGGGGCCGGGGCUUUUAAGCAUGCCCAGCCCCUGCCUCAAUCUUUUAGAUUCACAAUUUUAAAAAAUCAAACUAACCAGAAAAUGACUUUGUAGCAACAAGAGGAUUAUAAAUGGGAGUGGGUGGGGGGAGGGGGAGGGGAAAAGGGAAGGGGAAGAGACCCCUUGUGGAUUUCCUUUGCUUUGGUGUUGAUGCUGUGUGGGAAAAGCAAAUUCAGGAUCCCCUAUCAUUCAUAAUUCCAAUUGGCCUUCCUGGGGCCCCCUUGAGGGACUCCCCAAGCAAAUAAGCCAUUCAUUACCCAGAAAAAAAGCCCAGAUCAUAUCAUCAUACCUCUCCCUGUGUCCUUGCAAUUGUUAUGCAAAGUAAUUUUGUUGUACAUAAGAUUUAAAUAAUGCACCUAUUUAAGAAAUGGUUCACAAACUACAGGUCUGGGACCUGUCUUUUAUUUAUAACUUGUUGAUUCUUUUACCCCUUGGCGUAUACUGUAUAAACUAGUCUGCUGUCUUGUUAUUAUUAUUUUUUUAAAGGAAAAACCCUCCUUGAAUAAUUGCCUUUUCGUAAUGGAUCCUGUAUGCUAACGCUCUCUUGUCAGCCCGUCCGUCCAUCCGUCCGUCCGUCUGCUGCCGUGUUUAUGAUUUCAGAAUGUCUCAAACAUCCUCACUGACUCUGAAGCCUGAAGACAUUGGGAGCAGGGGAGGGAGGGAGGGAGGGAGAGGAGGCCAUCUACCCACCUAUUUGAAGUCUUGUUCCUGAAAGAUCUGCCAUCUUUCCUUGCUCCUUUAUCAGGCCUGGGAUAUGCUAACCAUUCCCCUACCUCUAUCCCCGCCCCAUCCCCAUUCUGGGUAGGAUAGUCCCCUGUCAAGAGAGAGCUAGAUUCAUGAUUUGCCUCCACCGUUCUCUGUUCUUGUCCAAGAUUUCAAGACUUCUAAGUCCUGCCACCAUUUUGUGUCACUCGGCGUCCUCACUCACGCAUGCCUGCUUUUCUGCAUGGUCUCUUGGGAGAAGAGAAACCCUUUGCCACUGACCUAUAGCCAUCCCUUUCUGUAAAUGUGACCACUAGUCCUCAGAGCUCCUGGCCUCCCCACAAUUGCUAAGAAGGGAAGAACCUUUCCUGGGUGAAUAAAUAGUUGGCUUUUUUCCUUCUGAGCCAUGACUGUACAGAACAGCCCUUAGGGGAGGGGCGGGUCGCUUGGAGGUCCCCUUUUCUGUUUGUUUAGAACAAACACUCUCCCCUUCAGCAUCUCUAAAAUUUCCAUGUGGCCAAGGCAACGUUUUUUAUCUAUCUAAUUCAUCUGACUCAAUGGGAGCCACGCUUUUUGUCGUUUUAUACUUUGCUAGGUAGAUUUUAUUAUCUUGUGAUGUGCCCUCAUUUUUUAAAAAGAGAAAUUGGGUUGUCUUAAUUCAUUUUCUGUGCCAGGUUCUUUGUGUUUUCCUUUGCCCCUCAAGUCCCAUCCUGCACAAUUGGCAUCAGGUGCAGGAAGAAGAUGAAAAAAAGAAACAAUUGGCCACUUUCUCCUUCGCACUGUUGCUUUACCCGAUGGUUUCCUACUUCCUCCUGUUCUGUAGCUGUGUACAAAGAGAUGUGAAAUACUUUCAGGCAAAUAAACUGUAAGUGACUCGC